AUGUCUUCAACCAAAGACCCUUGGGACUGGACAGUCGACGAGACUGUCAAAUUUCUCUGCCAUGACGAGCCUGGUGACUGGUCGUACAAUUUGGCUUGCCCGGAUCUCGUGGCUCUGGAGAUCUCUCUCCGAGAAAAUUCCAUCUCAGGCUUAAUGUUUCUCGAGAUCACAGACAAUCAUGUGAAAGAGCUAGGCAUAAAGACUAUUGCACAACGCCAUUAUGUCCUGAAAGCCAGUAAAUGGUUGCAGCGACGAUCGCCGAAGUACCAGUUGGAGCAGCAGCAGCAGCCUCCUCUUCGCAAUCCUCCCAAAGCACUUCUCAACGAAGAGCAACUCUCACCAAAAUGCAAUAAUGAGCCCAUACACACCAACCCCCUUUUUGAUGUUUCAGUUAACACCAACACCUCUCUUGAUGAUCCUGUCGGAUCCACCAUUCUUGGUCAUUCCUCCAACCUCACCCCUCUUCUCGAUGGGCUUUCACCGGCCCAUACAGAGAGAAAGAAACCUCGUCGGAUGGAGACCACUAUCGUUGAAAGACCGCCCAUAUUAUCUCUCAUGGAGGCACGCUCCCCCCACGAACUACCUGCUCCGAAGUGCGCCUUUGGGAACGAUGCUUUUUUUGACCAUCUUGUGAAGGCUUAUCCCCCAAACGAUGCUGAUGUUCUCUCAUCUCUUGGGGAAUCCAGCUCUGAGGGUGAAUAUGAUACAGAGACUCGUGAGGAAAUGCAAGAGGAUGAAGGGCAAUCCUACCUGGACAUUCCCCCGGAUGCUUCGGGGACUCUGGAAGAUGCCGAGUUCAACGAAAUCGUCGAUGAAUACAUUGAUUCACGGAGAUCCCAGUUCGUCGAAACUCGGUUACCAAAAGAGCAGCCGAAAGCGCUUCAAAUUUGGAUCAGAGGUCAAAAGUUCCCGAGCAUGAAAAGCCAAAUUUCGGCACGGGUCGCCCACCUGGAGAAACGGUGUCAAGCACUUCGCCAAGCACUCGCUGAGGCGCAACACUCAACACGCUCGUCUUUAAUCCAAGCAUGUGCAUGCCUCGACCCCACCGUGAUUGACAUUUGCUUAGAUGAAUGGAAGCUUUCCGUUCUCGAUCAAACUACCUCGCCGGCAAAGGUUGCUCAUCCUCCACGACCCCCGCGGCCAAAAAAGUCCAAGGUAAAUUCAGACGGCGAAGAGACUUUAGACUCGGAUUCAGAUUCCGUGCACGACACCGGAGAAGAGACUCUGAGUUUAGAUUCGGAUUCCGUGCGUGAGAUCGGAGAAGAUGAGGAUGAUGAAUCAUCAGAACAAUCGGAAGACAGUCUUGCUCCUGUCCUUAUAUCUGAUGUUGAAGACGGUGAGAUUGCACAGGAUGAAGAGGAGCCACGUCCUCGCGCAGCUUAUCAAUAUGGACCGUUCCGCGACUACUCUUCAGAUGAGGACCUCAGCCAUCUUUUCUACAAAGAAGAGAAUUACGAGCCCCCAGCCGCGAAAAGGCGCCGCCUGGAGAAAAACAGCCCCAUCCAAGAUCACCCAAGUUCAACACUGAUGCCUAUGAAAAUUCUCCCGUUUGAUCGGGACGUGGCCCUGUACUCGAAGGAAUGUGAAUCAGAGGAUCAAAUGGCAGCAAACGCCUGUCCCAUCAGCCCGACGCGCCUCAACACACAUGAGUUUAUUGACUUGACGAGUGACAACGGCAGUGAAACUGAUGAGGCUUUGUGUGUUUUUGACCAUGUCUGUUCUAUGAUGUGGAGAAUCAUUGAGGAGAGUGGAAACCGACUUCACCUGGUAGCGAAGGCCCUCACGGGUCUGCCGAACAACCGGAUCAAUGAGCUUUCCACAUUCCUCGGAUCUUAUAUGUCCUGCCUUUAUCGAGAAUAUGCGCGAGAUGCGCUCAAACACAUGUCCGACGAUUCAUCAGUGAUCGAGGAAAUGGAUCCCGAGGAGAGCCAUUCUGCAAUGUUAAUGACCGCCAUGUUUGUGUCCUGGAUUAAUCUUAUUCAAGUCCCUCAUGGCGCCUUUACAGCAAAAGAAGUCAAUGCUGCGCUUGUGAUGAUAGAAAAGGACGAUGAAGAUCAAUUUGCAUCAUUCUUGAACUGCCUCAAUGACCUUCUCAAAGAAUACAAGAGAUGGCUAACUUUUCCACUUCGUGUUCAAUCCGACGAAUCGAGCCCAGAUAUUCAGCGCAACCGCGGCAAGUGGAAAUUGACCGACGUCAAAAUCACGCUGACUCGGGCUCAGAAGGAAGGCCAAGAACGGCAGAACAAACAAGCUGAAGCUAAAAGAGCAUUGCUUGCGUCUCGAUUUGCCCGAGGACACGUUGGGAAAGAAAAUCCACCAAGGCCGGUUUCUUUCCGGAUUCCCAUGAUAUGCCUGGACCCCUACAUCGCGCAAUAUGUCAAAUCCUACCAGCUCUCUGGAAUUCAAUUUAUGUUCCGAGAAAUUAUCGAGAACAAAAGAGAAGAAGGGUGUUUGCUAGCCCACACUAUGGGGUUGGGCAAGACGAUGCAAGUAAUAUCACUUCUUGUUACCAUCUCCAAUGCAGGAGCAUCAGAAGACCCGUCAAUUCGUGAUCAAAUUCCUGAACAGUUGCGACAGUCAAAAACUCUGCUCCUGUGCCCAGCAUCCCUGAUCCAAAACUGGUGUGAUGAGUUUGAAAUGUGGUCCCCCCAGAACCACAAUCUUGGCAAGGUUCGGUCAAUUCCGGCAACAAACCCGACCCUUGACCGAACCCAAGAGAUUUGCACAUGGAACGAUGAGGGUGGUAUACUGAUACUCAGCUACAACAUCUUCCGUAAUAUUGUCAAGGAAAAAGCAGAAACAAAUGAGGACCAGUCACAGCAACCGGCCAACGAAAUGGUCAAGAGCUGGGUGUUGAACAGCCCAACUCUUGUUGUGGUCGACGAAGCUCAGAAUUUGCGCAACCAUGAAAGCCAGAUUGCCGAGGCAGCAUCCCGCUUGCGCACAAGAAAACGGAUUGCCCUCACUGGCACUCCGAUAUCCAAUGGGUUAGAAGAUUACUAUUGGAUGGUGGAUUGGGUUGCCCCCCAGUACCUGGGAGAGUUUCCCGAUUUCAAUGAUCAAUUCAUCAAGCCAAUCGAAAAUGGCUCGCAGAUUGACAGCACCAAAUCUGACCGAAGAGAGGCGCUCCAGCGCCAGGAGCUGUUCCUUCGCAUCAUCAAUCCCAAAGUACAGCGAGCGGACAUGUCCGCACUAACAAACGACCUGCCACCGAAGUACGAGUACUCUGUUUACUUCGAGCCGACAACCCUCCAAAAAGCUGUGUACAACAUCUUAAUCAAAGGUGUAGCACAAAACGAAGCGGGUGUCCGCUCGGAGCUUAUGUCUUGGCUCCCUCUUCUCAAGCUUUGCUGUAACCACCCGGCCCUUUUCAAGACGGAUCUAGAGUCCCGGAAGACCAAAAGUGCAUGUGGCAAGCAAAUAAGUCCUAGCAGUGAUGCUCCCGUUGCCAUUCUCGGCUUUAGCAUGCCCGUCGAACCGCAAGUCAUGCCAAGGUCAAUGCUAUCUGAACUAGAUGAUGUGUUCAAGGACAUUCCUAACUUGCUGGAUCCCGGCUUAUCCAGCCGAGUGGCAAUUCUCAAUGAGAUUCUCGAUCAGGCAAUCGCAAUUGGGGACAAAAUCCUCGUCUUUUCCUCCAGCAUUCCAACACUGAAGUAUCUGGCGGAAGUGAUGGACGGAGCGCAGAGAAAGUAUGCUCUCCUACAGGGCAACGUGACUCCGGCUCAGCGUCCCGAGGUAGUUCGGAGAUUCAACAACGAUCCCUCGACCUACGUCUUUCUUAUUUCUACCAAAGCUGGUGGCCUUGGCUUGAACAUUCAGGCUGCGAACCGAGUUGUCAUUUUCGAUUUCCAGUUCAACCCUACAUGGGAACAGCAGGCAAUCGGACGUGCCUACCGCAUUGGGCAAAAGAAGAAAGUCUUUGUAUACCGAAUGGUCGCUGCUGGAACGGUCGAGGAGAAGAUCUAUAAUAAGACGAUCUUUAAGAGCCAGCUUGCUAGCCGUCUUCUUGACGAUGAGCAUGUUGCUCGUAUGGGUUCCAAAGCGCUAGAACGAUAUCUGGUUCCCUGGCAAGCGAGCGUCCAUAAAGGCGGAAUUGAUGAAACUGCAUUCGCAACGGAUCCCCAGAUGAUGGGGAGACUGAAGGCUAAGUGUGGCGAGUCAAUUUUGAGCGCCAAACUCUGUGUUGAUGAAAUUGACCCAGAAGACCGAUUGACAGCACAAGAGCAGCAAUCCGUGGAGGAUCAGUUGAAACUGAGACGUCUACAUUUUGAAUCCUUGGGAUCAUGA